GCAUAAUAUUCCUUUUGUUUCAGGGAAAGAAUGCACCCAGGAUGAAAGCACAGCUGCAGCUAUCUUUGCUGUUCAGAUGGAUGACUAUUUAGGAGGAAAGCCUGUGCAGAGUAGAGAAAUUCAAGGAUAUGAAUCUACUGAGUUUGUGGGCUACUUCAAAGGAGGAAUUAAAUACAAGGCAGGUGGUGUUGCCUCUGGAUUUAAUCAUGUUGUUACUAAUGAUCUGAGUGCCCGGAGGCUGCUGCAUAUCAAGGGCCGGAGAGUUGUAAGAGCCACAGAAGUUCCCCUGGCUUGGACCAGCUUCAACAGAGGAGAUUGUUUCAUUAUUGACCUUGGAUCUGAAAUCUAUCAGUGGUGUGGCUCAUCAUGCAAUAAAUAUGAGCGACUGAAGGCUACUCAAGUUGCUGUUGGCAUUCGGGACAAUGAACGAAAUGGAAGGUCUAAAUUAAUUACUGUGGAAGAAGGGAGUGAACCAGACCAGCUCACAGAGGUUUUAGGGAGCAAGCCAGAGCUGCCCGAGUGUGGUGAUGAUGAUGAUGAGCUGGCUGAUAUUACAAACAGGAGAAGUGCUAAACUAUAUAUGGUGUCAGAUGCAAGUGGGUCCAUGAAGGUGUCUGUGGUAGCAGAGGAAAACCCCUUCUCCAUGGCUAUGCUUUUGUCUGAGGAGUGCUUCAUUCUGGACAAUGGUGCUGCCAAGAAGAUCUUUGUGUGGAAAGGCAAAGAUGCUAACCCUCAAGAGAGAAAAGCUGCCAUGAAGAAUGCUGAACAAUUCAUACAACAGAUGAAUUAUCCUGCCAAUACACAGAUUCAAGUCCUUCCUGAAGGAGGUGAAACACCAAUUUUCAAACAAUUUUUCAAAGACUGGAAGGAUAAAGAUGAAAGUGAUGGUUUUGGCAAAGUGUAUGUCACUGAGAGAGUGGCUAAAAUUGAGCAGAUUGAAUUUGAUGCUACCAAGUUACAUGAGUCUCCACAAAUGGCUGCCCAGCAUAACAUGGUAGAUGAUGGUUCAGGGAAAGUAGAGAUCUGGCGUGUGGAGAGCAGUGGCAGAGUUCCUGUGGGACCUGAGACAUAUGGACAGUUCUAUGGGGGUGACUGCUACAUUAUCCUCUACACUUACCCCAAAGGGCAGAUCAUCUACACAUGGCAAGGAGCCCAUGCUACAAGAGAUGAACUGACUGCAUCUGCAUUUCUGACUGUUCAGCUGGAUCAUCUGUUGAAUGAUCAGGCCGUGCAGAUCCGAGUCACUCAAGGCAAAGAGCCUGCACAUCUACUGAGCUUGUUCAAAAACAAACCACUUAUAGUCUACAAGGAUGGGACAUCCAAGAAAGAAGGUCAGAAACCUGCUCCACCCACACGACUCUUCCAAAUCCGCAGGAAUCUGGCAGCCAUUACUAGGAUUGUGGAGGUUGAUGUUGAUGCAGUGUCACUAAACUCUAAUGAUGUCUUUGUUCUGAAACUGCCAAACAACUCUGGCUACACCUGGGUAGGAAAAGGAGCAAACAAAGAAGAGGAACAAGGAGCUCAAUACAUUGCAAGUGUUCUUAAAUGCCAGACUGCUAAGAUUAAUGAAGGCCAGGAACCAGAGGAAUUCUGGAAAGCACUUGGAGGUAAAAAAGAAUAUCAGACGUCCUUACAACUCUUGACAAAGGCUGAAGAUCAUCCUCCUCGCCUGUAUGGUUGUUCUAAUAAGACUGGCAGAUUUAUUAUUGAAGAGGUCCCAGGAGAAUUCACUCAGGAUGAUCUAGCUGAAGAUGAUGUCAUGUUGCUGGAUGCUUGGGAGCAGGUUUUUGUCUGGAUUGGGAAGGAUGCUAAUGAAACUGAACGACAGGAAUCUGUUAAAUCUGCCAAACGCUAUAUUGAAACAGAUCCUUCUGGCAGAGAUAAGGGCACCCCCAUCGUAAUCGUGAAGCAGGGGCACGAACCCCCAACAUUCACAGGCUGGUUCCUGGCUUGGGACUCCAACAAAUGGAAGAUGUGAUCUCUCCAGGGAGACUCCAACUUCAAGCCAAAGAAUUAUCAGAGCCUAGCUACUUUUCUAGUAUUUUUAAGCAUAAGCUUAUGCAACAAUAUGACGCAUCUGUUGUUACACUUUCCUGAGCUUUGAUAUAUUUCUGUGAAUAACCUAGAAAUCCUUAGCACUGGAAAGGAUAAAUGAUAAUUAUAAACUAGCCAAAUGGGGUGAGUCGGGCUUUUCUAAUAGUAAAUA